AACAACCUAUUUGUCAAUUAAACAAAGCUCCUAGUUUGAAAGUUUAUCGGGACUGCAUUUGUAUUAGAUUGACACACGAAAUUAGAAUGUAAAUUUAAAAUUAAGCUACGGUCGAAAAUAAGUGCGGUGAAUGGAAAUGUAAAUAAAAAUAUUGCCGAAGGAAAGAAACGGAUCGAUAAAUAAUAAAAUCAACAAAACUACAAUAACGCUGUUAACGAAAAGGAAGUUUGUAAUCGAAGUGGCACAUUGUCGGAUUUCAUCAUCAGCCAGUGACAAAGGAAACAUUUGAAUCUGUACGUAGUAUUUCAUAUUUAUAUCAACAUCUUAUAGUUCACGCAUAAAGCGAUCGAUAUAAAAAGAAGCUUCGGGGUGGUCAGAAGGAUUGAUCAUGAGAUGAACUUGUAUAACUGACAAAGAUGUGUUAACAAUAAAUUACAAUAAAAUAUACAACCUGUUUAUUUGAAGACAUUUCGCCAAACGUAAGGCAAGAAUUGAAGGAAUAUUAGGAAAAGAAUGUCAGAGAGCGGCAGUGGCGAGGAAGGAAUAGCAGGAUCAAAAUAUAAUGCUCCCAGCAACAUGGAAGCGGCAGGUCGCAAUGAAUUUGAUUCAACAGUCAAAGCUCAUCAGGGCCAAACCGAACAGGAAUUGGCAACAAAAAUGCUGCAAAUACAAUCGAAACGGUUUUAUUUAGAUGUCAAACAAAAUCGCCGAGGACGCUUUAUAAAAGUAGCUGAGAUUGGAGCUGAUGGAAGGCGAAGUCAAGUUUACUUAGCAUUAUCAACAGCCGCAGAAUUUCGGGAUCAUUUAUCAACAUUUAGCGACUACUACGCUUCAUUAGGUCCCCCAAAUCCAGACAAUGUACCUGAAGAUGGCAAACUUAAAUCAGAAAUGAUGACUAAAGAUAAUAGAAGAUACUAUUUAGAUCUAAAAGAAAAUGCCCGCGGACGCUUUUUAAGGGUUUCUCAAACUAUAACACGUGGCGGUCCCCGUUCACAAAUUGCAAUACCAGCCCAGGGCAUGAUUGAAUUUCGUGAUGCUCUUACUGAUCUGUUAGAAGAAUUUGGCACUAACGAUGGCGGUUUUAAAGGAGAUUUGCCGGAAGAACGGCAUAUGAAGGUAGAUAAUAAAAAUUUCUACUUUGAUAUUGGACAAAACAACAGAGGUGUAUAUAUGCGAAUUAGCGAAGUAAAGUCAAAUUUUCGCACUGCUAUAACGGUUCCCGAAAAGUGCUGGACACGUUUUCGUGAUAUAUUUAAUGACUAUUGUGAAAAAAUGAAAAAAUCGUCCGAGUCACCGUCGUCUAUCACUGCCUAUAAUAGUAUAAUGCAACAGCAGCAACAACAAGAACAACCGCAGACAACAUCUAAUAAUAACUCAUCAAAAUAAAAUCAGAGAGGAGGAUAUAUAAGUACAAAAUAAGAUAUUAUGUUCGUAUAUAGAGAACAUAGGUAUUAUGACACAGUUUUAACAACCGAUUUUAUUAAUGUUACACCACCAUAUGCAUAGUUAAAUAAAAUUAUUUCAACGCAGAUAUGUAUACAUAUAUGUAUGUACAUAUGUAUUUCUGUAUUUUGUACUCAAUACACAAAUAAAAUAAUUACUUAAUUAAUUAACUGAAAGCCCAUUUUAUGAACUAUAUAA